AUGAACAAUUUUGUCAAGCAUGCCAAGCAGUUUUCUAACCUCACCUUUUAUUACAAAUCUUCUGAUUCGUGGCUGCAAUUACUCAGGAGUUUAUUUCUGAGUACUCCUGAGAACCUGCCUGAAAUGAUUCUAAUAUUGUCUUUGAUCUGCACCAUCGGAGCAUUUUUGAACCUGCACUUGAAAGACUUUCCAAUUCCUCUCCCUGUGAUACUAUUUUUAGUUGGAUGCAGUCUUGAAAUACUAAGUUUUACAUCUUUCCAGGUCCAAAGAUAUGCAGAUGCCAUACAAGAGAUAAGUCCAAAAUUAUUUUUCGGUAUAUUUACACCAAUAAUUUUCUUUAAUGUUGCAUUUGACAUGGAUGUAUACAUACUCCAAAAGUUAUUUUUUCAGAUACUUUUACUUACAAUUCCUGGAUUUUUUAUUAAUUAUACUUUAAUUCUUUGGUAUCUGGCAUCCGUGAAUAAAUUACUUUUGAAGCCUGCUCCAUGGUUAUUAUUUUCAGCUAUCCUUGUGAGUUCAGAUCCCAUGCUUACUGCAGCUGCUAUAAGAGACCUUGGUCUUUCUAGAAGCCUCACCAGUUUAAUUAAUGGAGAAAGUCUGAUGACCUCUGUGAUGUCACUGAUUGUGUUUGGGAGUGUUAUGGAUAUUAGUAAUAAAACACAAAGCAAGGUGAACCAUACAUUAGUCUAUUCUGUCAUACAUGGAUUUUGGUCAUAUUUUAUGGCAAGUUUCCUGUUUGGAAUUCUAAGUGCAAAACUGAUCCAAUUGUGGAUGUCCACGGUGUUUGGUGAUGAUGUCAAUCAUAUAAGUCUCAUCCUUUCAGUUCUGUACCUCACCUUUUAUAUUUGUGAGCUCGUUGGAAUGUCUGGGAUAUUGACCCUGGCCAUUAUGGGACUUUUGUUAAAUUCUGCAAGUUUUAAACCAGGAGUGGAAUCUCUUCUUCUUGAAUUCUGGAAUUGGCUAUCAUUUGUUGCUUUUCUUAUGGUGUUUACUUUCACUGGACUUCUCAUUCCUGCACAUACCUAUUUAUAUAUAAACUUUUCUGAUCUAUAUUAUUCAUUAAAUAUCUACUUUACACUGAUUGUUUUAAGACUUCUAGUCUUUCUACUAAUGAGCCCCGUUUUGUCUCGAGUUGGCCAUGGGUUCAGCUGGCGCUGGGCAUUCAUAAUGGUCUGGAGUGAAAUGAAAGGGACACCUAAUAUAAACAUGGCCCUGCUGCUUGCCUACUCUGACAUUUCUCUUGGAUCUGAGAGGGAAAAAUCUCAGAUAUUAUUUCAUGGAGUGUCAGUGUGUUUAAUUAACCUGAUUGUCAAUAGAUUUAUUUUGCCAAUGGCAGUUACUAAACUAGGUCUUCGUGAUGUCACAUCAACCAAAUAUAAAUCAGUUUAUUAUACAUUUCAACACUUUCAAGAGCUAACCAAAUCUUUAGCCUCCGCACUCAAAUUUGAUAAAGAUCUUGCUAAUGCUGAUUGGAACAUGGUUGAGAAAGCAAUUAUUCUUCAAAACCCAUAUGCAUUGAACCAAGAAGAAACAACAGAGCAUCAGAAGGUGACAUGUCCAAACUGUAACAACGAGAUAGAUGAGACCCUUAACAUUGAAGCCCUGGAGCUUGCCAACAGGCGUCUUUUGUCGGCACAAAUAGCAAGCUACCGGAGACAAUACAGGAAUGAGACUCUGUCCCAGGGUGCAGUCCAGGUGUUGGUAGGUGCAGCAGGAAGUUUUGGUGAGAAGAAGGGAGAAUAUGUAAGUCUUGAGACAAUAAAGAAAUAUUCUGAAGGCAAAAAAUUGCUUACCAUUGUUAGAAAACUACUGCUUGAUUGGGUAUAUAAUACUAGAAAAGAUAAAGGGAUUCCAUCAAAGCAUUUCCUUUUUCGUGUAUGCCACAAAAUAGUAUUUACAGAUGAAUUUGAAUAUGCUGGAUACCUUAUAAUACUAAUGAACACAUUUCCUGUUGUAAUCUCUUGGAUACCCAACUUAAAUGAAAUCUAUGAGGAUGAAUUAAUAGAUGCAAACUACUCUUUCCUUACAUUUUAUAUUCUAGAGAGCAUACUUAAGAUGGCAGCAACAAGGAAGGAAUAUUUUUCACAUACCUGGAACAUAUUUGAAUUAGCAAUUACAUUAAUUGGCAUUGUAGAUGUAAUACUUACUGACACAAAGGUCAUUAAGUAUAAUUUUGAUAUGGUUCAAGCAGUGGUCUUUAUAAAAAUUGUUCGACUUCUUCGUUUACUACGUAUAUUGAAGCUCAUUACACCAAAGUUGCUGCAAAUAAUAGAUAAAAAGAUGUGUCAUCAGCUGUCCUUUAGGUAUGCCAUACUAAAAGGAUAUGUCCAAGGUGAAUCAGAUGUAAUGACUAUAAUUGAUCAGAUUGCAAGUUCUAAACAGGCUAAACAGAUGUUAUUAAAGCGGGUAACAAAGAAUAUAGAACAUGCUAUGAAAGAGCUAGGCUACUUAGAAUAUGAUCACCCAGAAAUCACUGUCACUAUGAAAACAAAGGAAGAGAGUAAUGUCAUGCUAAAUAUGGCUAAAGAAAUUAUUAAGGUUUUCAGGUCAAAAGGAAUUAUUUAUAAAAUCGAAGGUACUGAAAUUAAUAAGUUAAUCAUGGCCAAAAAAAGACAAGUGCUUGAUUUUCAACCUUUUAUCAAGCCUCUUACUGUUGAAGAAGCUCUAUAUCAUAUUCCAUGGCUAGAUAAAGAUCCAGACCAUAUAGAUUUCAUUCAGGAAAGAGCCAGGGUUGUAACAUAUGAUUGUGGAAAUGAUAUAUUUAAAGAAGGUGAUGAGCCCAAAGGAAUUUAUAUAAUUAUAUCAGGCAUGGUGAAGCUUAAACGAUCAAAGCCAGGUUUCGGGAAUGAGCAAGUACCAGAGUCAGAGGAGAAAGAUUAUUCGAUAAUUUACACAGAGUAUGUACUCAAUGGAGAAAUAAUAGGAGAGAUAAACUGCUUAACUAAUGAACCUAUGAAAUAUUCUGCCCUCUGCAAAACUGUAGUGGAGACAUGUUUUAUUCCUAAAGAUCACUUAUAUGAAGCUUUUGAGCGUUUCUGUCCUAUCAUUGAACAUAAAAUGUGGCUAAAACUUGGACUUUGUAUUACUGCCAGAAAAAUCAGGCAACACUUGUCUUACGAGGACUGGAACUACAAGAUGCAACUGAAGCUCUCUAAUGUUUUUGUAAGAGAUAUACCAAAGGGCACCAAAACUAGUAUCUAUGAUGAAACUGUAACCUAUGUUAUCCUUAUACAUGGAGCUGUAGAAGAUUGUCAAUUACGAAAAAUUUAUAAGGCACCCUUCUUAAUUCCUAUAACGUGCCAUCAGAUACAAGGCACUGAAAAUUUCACGAAAGUAAUGAUUGUUCAAACUGCAGUUAACAUGGAAAAAUUCAGAUGGAGUGCUAGAAAGUAUACACGUGCAUCUGAAAUUCAUCAUUCACCAAGAUCAAGAAGUGAGUUGGAUUCCUUUGAGCAAUUGUGA